CAUACAUGUAUGAUAUGGUACUAAGAAGUUAAUCAUCCUCACCAUAAAUCAGAACGACUGCAAGACACUGAGGCACCAGAGGACAUCUGCUCAGACAGCCGAGACCGAUGACAGUCAGCAGUCUGACCCUGAAAGCACCAUGACAAAGCUCUGCCUCGCUCUGGGACUGCUGCUGCUCACCACCUGCGACGCCCUAUGGGGAAGCAAUGUAUGGAAACCUGGAAAUUGCUGCUUCGAAUUCUCCAAAGCGAGGAUCCCAACUCACGAAAUUGUGACCAUCAAGGAGACUAGCAUCCAAUGUCAUGAAAAGGGCUUCAUAGUGCACACCGUCCAGCGGAAACAGAUCUGCAUGGGCCACCAUGUGGCGUGGGUACAGGCCGCUUUCAAGAAGAAGAAACCCAUGUCCCAGUAAAGCGUAACACUUAAUGGUUUAAAAGAAAUUGCUUUGUCCAACUUCAACUUGCAGACCCUUCAGUUGCAUAUUUUACAAAAUGAUAAAAAAAAGCUUUUCGAAGUGAGAAAUUAACUUUUACUGUUCCUUUUAAAUAAUUUUUAAAGCCCCCCCAUCAGUUUUAGUUGAUCAAACCUGUAUAACCAAAUGGUACAUGCUUUUAUUAAAUGGGAGUAAUGCGUACCAUGGACAUGUGUCUUCACUGCUUCUACAUCAGUGUAGAGUUUCUCGAUAAGAUUUUUUUUUUUGUUAAUCUCUGGCCUGAAGCAACUAUUUAUGCGUGGUUUCUAUAAUUAAAUAGUUAUUUUAAAUAUAUAUUGCAUAACUUUUUUUUGGGUUUACACUUCUUUUUUUCUGUGUUGACAAACACAUUCAACAAAUAACAAUGUUUAUAAACAAUUUGAUAUUGUAAUAAUAAUGAUAUAUGCAUUUACUGAAUAGAAAAAAGUUGAACAUGCAGACUCGCAGGGCUUUUCAGACAGAUGAUGUUGGAUUUAUGGUUUGCAAGAGUCAGAAAAUGUGCCUCUAAUGUCUACAGAUUCUUUGAAGGCUAUUAGUUCCUGUAACUCCAUAACUAUAAUGGUCCAGUUCCAUACGCACAAUAAAUUCUUCUA